AUGUCCGCCCCUCGAACCAAGCGCCCCUUUGCCGGCGCCGCCAGCGACCCUGACCAACGUCAAAUAACCUCCUUCUUCUCCCCCUCUUCCUCCGAUUCCCCCACCGCCACCCAAUCGACCAAAACGCCCCUCAACGGUCCCAUCCUCCCUGCCCCAGUGCAAACCAACCUCCUCAACGUCGGGAUGCGCGUUCGCAAGUCAGUCCAGGAAGGCUACAAGACCGGUGCGCAGUACUCUGCCUUCAAGCUCUGGGAAGACAACGCCGCUCCCAUCACCCCAACCCCUACAGUUCCUGUCAGCACUGCUGGUGGUGGUGGAAUGAGGGAGCUCCUCCCUUUUAGCGGCAUCCACAAAGUCGGUGGGCUCGGGAUCCAGCCAUCUAACGGUGCUGGAGCGGACGAUUGUGAGAUGGCGGGAUCGCAGGAGUCGGUUUACAGCAAUGGGAGUGCUACCUCUGCGGUGGAGGCGACGGAGAGGGUGAACCUCAAUGCGAAGAAGAGGUUCUUUGUUGGGGAGGAAGACGAGGAGCAGGAGGAGGGGAUGGUGCUCUCGUGGGAGGAUGUGGAUGUCAGCCCUAGGAGUUUUGGGCCGGCGGGGUUUGAAAAUAGGAGGUGGGCUGUGCCGAGGGGAAAGAAGGGUAGGGAGGGUACUGUUGCUGCUGCCGCUGGGCAGGAGAAUACUGUUCGGGUGCUGGUGGACGGCAAUGAUUUUGAGGAGGCGAGCUUCUUGGAGGGGAUGGGUGAUGAGUAG